AUGCCGAACCAAGCAAACGCGCACGAGAAGCUGUCCAUGGGGCUGGGAAAGCCAAUCCCACCACCCCUUGCCGAUCCGAAGGAUUACAUCGUCGAGUUUGAUGAAGAUGACCCUACGCAUCCAUAUAACUGGAAGACUUCUACCAAACUCUACACCUCUAUCCUAGUGUGUACCGGCACGUUCGUCGCGGCGCUUGCAAGUGCCAUCUUUGCCCCCGGGGCAAAAGCCGCGAGCAAAGAAUUCGGCGUCAGCUCCGAAGUUGGGACUCUCGGAACGGCUUUAUUCGUACUUGGCUUCGCGUCCGGCCCGUUGCUCUGGGCGCCUUACUCCGAGCUACAAGGGAGGAGAUGGCCCUUGACUAUCGGCAUGUUAGCUGGCGGCAUAUUCACCGUUGCUUCUGCUGUGGCGAAAGAUAUCCAGACAUUGAUCAUCUGCCGCUUCUUCGCUGGGGUAUUCGCUGCGUGCCAAUACACUGUGGUUCCAGGAUUACUGUCCGAUAUCUAUGACAACACAUAUAGAGGUGUCGCAAACUCGGUAUACGCUUUGGCGGUUUUCGGGGCGCCUAUCAUGGCACCGAUUAUAGGCGGGUUCAUCAAUGCUAGUUCUUUAGGCUGGCGAUGGACUCUGUAUAUCCCGGCGAUUUUAAGUUUUGUGAAUGGAGGCAUCUCGUUAUUCUUCCUGCGCGAGACGUAUGCGCCAUGUAUCCUUUCCGCCAAGGCCGCUGUUCUUCGCCGCCAGACGGGCAACUGGGCUAUCCGUGCCCGACAUGAGUUGAUUGAGUUGAAUAUGAGACACUUGUUUGAGAAGUACUUCUCGCGGCCGGUGAGAAUGUUGAUAACGGAGCCGAUUAUACUGCUCGUAUCUCUCUACAUGGCGUUUAUCUAUGGGCUGGUGUAUUGCCUGUUAGGCGCUUACCCUUAUGUAUUUGAGGAGAUAUACGGCAUUUCUCCAGGACUUAGCGAUCUUCCUUUCCUCGGUCUCCUGCUCGGACAAGUCCUGGCUGUAGCGUUUGUCCUUACACUACAUCCGUCUUGGGUGAAGAAGCUAGCCAACCAUGACGGAAAAGCGCCCGUCCCUGAAUGGCGACUGCGACCUACUCUGUUUGGAGCGCCGAUUUUCGCAAUUGGCCUUUUCUGGUUUGGCUGGACUGGGUUUACCCCUAAAAUCCACUGGGCAUUCCCCACCGUCGCGGGUAUCUUCAUCGGAUUCGGGAAUGUCGCGGUGUUCCUACCGUGUUUUAAUUACAUCGUAGACGCCUAUUUGCCGCUAGCCGCUUCUGCCGUCGCCGCCAAUAUCAUGACGCGUUCCGCUGUCGCCGCGGGAUUCCCGCUAUUUUCUAGACAAAUGUUCCAAAACAUGGGCGUACAGUGGGCUGGAACUCUGCUCGGUGGUUUGGCUGCUAUUAUGAUUCCAAUUCCUUAUCUAUUCAGAAUUUACGGCCCAUGGUUGAGAGGGAAGAGCAAGAUCCUCCACUAG